AUGACUAAUGCCUCCGCCUUCGUCGUGUACGACGACCGCGUGAAGAAGCUGUUCGGCCCCGCACCGAAGCUCGAGUUGCUGCAUGAGAACCAGGACUACCCGUUUGCCCAUGAGGCUGGUGUUUUCAUAGAGCGCAACAAUACGCUCUUCAUCACGAGCAACCAAUACACGGAUCACAGUGCUGGUGGCAGGAAAAUCCAGAUAUGUCGCGUCACCCUGCCGACUGAUGGAAGCACGAAAACACAAUGCGAGGAGAUUCACCCCGCUAUCAUAACCAUGGCCAAUGGCGGCGUGAACUACCUUGACGGAAUCGUCUUCUGCGCACAAGGCACAAUGGACUCACCCGGCGGUCUCGUUUUCAUGGAAGCGGUGCCUCCGUACCAGACGCGCAUGAUGAUCAACUCAUUUCACGGUCGAGAGUUCAACUCCGUCAAUGACGUCGUCGGCCACAGCGAUGGGUCGCUUUGGUUCACUGAUCCAAUCUACGGGUAUGAACAAGGCAUUCGACCUCGGCCGAAGCUGCCGAACCAAGUUUACAGGUACGACCCGAUCCAUGGCUCUAUCAGAGCAAUGGCGGACGGAUUCGGAAGGCCGAACGGGAUUUGCUUCAGCCCCGACGAAAAGACCUGCUACAUCACAGAUACCGAUUGGAUCCACGGCGACGGGUCUACUGAUCUCACACGAGCGUCAACUAUUUAUGCUUUUGACGUGGUCUCGUACUCCGGAGAGCCCUUUUUGACGAACAGAAGGCUCUUCAGCAUGGCGGAUACGGGUAUUCCUGAUGGCAUCAAAUGCGACGUGCAUGGCAACGUAUACAGUGGCUGUGGCGAUGGCGUCAACAUCUGGUCGCCCGGGGGUGUUUUGCUAGGAAAGAUUCUCGUUCAGGGCGGUGCUGCCAAUUUCUGUUUCGGACGCAAUGGGAGAUCUUCAUUUUGA